GGCCAAUGGAGGAGAUGCAGGCUACCGGUGGUUGGAACAGCUGGCUAUGAUUGUUUGCUGCUAUGAAAGGACAUUAAUUGAAUAGAAAUGAAUGCAAGGAGAAGAGGUGGGAAGCCAAACAGAGGAGGGGGGAAAUUUAACAAGCCGAGAGGAGGUGGUGGAGGAGGAGGCGGAGGUGGAGGUGGAAGUAGGAAAGGAGGAGCCGGUUGCUGGGAUGACGGUGAUGAUUUCUCCCUUGAUUUUGGACCCUCUCGUCCCAGCAGACCUGGCAAAGGACGGGGCAGCAGCGGCGGCAGCCACGGUGGCAGGGAUGGAGGUCGAGGACGGGGAGGUAGAGAUCAUGACAGGGAUGGCAGAGGCAGUGGUAAGAGCAGUGGCAAAGCUCUCCCAAGGUCCCUGGCAAGGACAAGACCAAGCCCAAAGACAGGUGACGGCAUCAAGCCGGAGAUGAGCAGCAUGCCCUUGCAGAGGAUCUUCAUGACUAAUGAGAACCAAGAACAACUCAAGGAGCUGCUGCGGAAUCUGCAGUCCCAGGACUUUGAUGAGCCAUAUGAUGAAUCUGGUUCAGACUAUUCUGGGGGAGAAGAGGAUGAGGUGGAAGUUGAUGAGUUGGACCACCGCGAGGAUGGCCAGUUUUGGGCCACUAAUGACGAGCCUGUGGAGAGGGCAGAGAGCCCGGCGUAUGAGACAGAGUCUGAUGAUGAACGGCCCACCCCUGAACCUAUCAUCUCCUUAUUUGCCAUAGGAAAACUCUGCAGGUAUGGGUUUGACAGGGAGCGUGGCAAACAGGCAUUGGAGUCUGGUGGAGGGGAAUUCGGGGCCACUUUGGAACAGCUCCUCCAGCAGGUUUUCAGUGAGCGCUACGGCCAGAAAGCACUUUCUCCUGACGGCCUUGAGGGGGUGCCUAUGGAUGAGUGUCUGAGCCAGAGGCAGGAGGAAUCUCUAGCUCUAUGUGCCAUUUACGGGGAGCGCUUCAGUGAGCGCAUUGCCAACGCUGUCUGGACAGUUACCCUCGACCUCUCAUUUCUCUCAGACAAUGCUGCAAAGAAUGGCAGGCAAGGCGGGAGUCGUGGGGGCGGAGGUGCUGUUAACACCCGUGAUGUCUGCCGAUUCUACUUGAGAGGGCAGGGCUGCCGGUUUGGGGACAAAUGCAAAUUUAAGCACCAGCUCGUCAGUACAGGGAGAUCUGGGGCCAGUUCCCCAGACCCGAACAGCCCUAGCCAGCCUGGCUUCAGCAGCUCUUCUCCUCCUGAGUAUGAACUAGAGAUCCGUUUCCCCAAAGGAAACCGUUACCCGUUUCAGGCACCAAUAGUUGCCUUCAGCACCACCGAUGAGUCUGUCGGAGCCGCAGGGAGGCUCAGCGUGACUGAGAGAUUGUAUGGAGAAGCAUUGGCUGCUGCGUCGAGCAACGAGCCUGUUGUUUACACUCUGAUCACCUUAUGUGAGGAUGAAACUACCAUGAAGGGACUGCUGGCUGUCACUCAUCACAAAUACAGCACGCCCCCGCCUGUUGUGGCACCUCCUCCACCCUCUUUUGCUGUGGCAAAGAGUAAGAAUUUGAGGAGCAAUGCCUCUGAGGAAAACAGGAGUAGUAACAGCAAAAGGACCGCUCCACCUACCAACCAGAGACCUGCAGAUUUGAAAGAGGCAGAAGAGGCAGAGUCUCCAGAUGAAAGGGACGAAGACGACGAGGACGAGGCUGUUCCAGUCGAGAGUGAGAGUUACGUCAGUCUGAGGAAGAGGAUGGUGAAUAAGCACAACCCGAAGAUAGACAACCUGCUGAAAGAAAAUGGCAAGCUGUGCAGAGAGUUUAAGAAGAAACCGUCUUCCGGGCGGUUCAGGUCCAUGUUGGAGCAGAGGAGGAAACUGCCAGCUUGGCAAGAAAAAGAAAACAUCCUCGAACUGCUAGGCCAGUGUCAGGUGCUGGUUGUCAGCGGGAUGACUGGGUGUGGUAAGACCACUCAGAUCCCUCAGUUCAUUUUGGAUUCCUCAUUAGACGGUCCAGCGGAGCAGGUGGUCAACAUCAUCUGUACUCAGCCACGCCGCAUCUCUGCCAUCUCUGUGGCCCAGAGAGUGGCACAGGAGCGUGCAGAGAGUCUGGGACACUCAGUGGGCUAUCAGAUCCGUCUGGAGAGUGUUAGGUCGUCUUCCACCAGACUGCUGUACUGCACCACGGGCGUGUUGCUCAGGAGACUGGAGGGCGAAGCAGACCUGAAAGGCGUCACACAUGUUAUUGUGGAUGAGGUGCACGAGCGAACGGAGGAGAGUGACUUCUUGCUGUUGGUGUUAAAAGACCUAAUAAUGCAGAGACCGGACCUGAAGGUCAUUCUGAUGAGUGCCACCCUUAAUGCCAACCUCUUCUCUGAGUAUUAUUACAACUGCCCCACUGUCCACAUACCAGGCCGCACUUUUCCCGUCGACCAGUAUUUCCUUGAAGAUGCCAUCGCUAAAACCCACUACGUCAUUGAGGAUGGCAGCCCCUACAUGCGCUCAGGGAAACAGAAUCAGUCUUCCACAAGUGGACGAGGGAGCAAAGGAGACCCGAGGGACAUGGUGGACGACUUGGGCGACGACGUGUGGAACUUCAUGUCUUUCUGUAAGAAGGACUUUGUCAAAGACUCCAUUCCAGACCAGCAGCUCAGCCUGCAGGAUCUCACCAUCAGAUACAAAGAUGCUAAGAAGUCUGUGGUGAAGACCAUGGCUGCCAUGGAUCUGGACAAGAUCAACAUGGACCUGGUGGAGAACCUGCUGGAGUGGAUUGUGGAUGGAAAACAUGACUACCCUCCAGGUGCAGUGCUUGUGUUUAUGCCAGGCCUGGCUGAGAUCAAGAUGCUGUAUGAGCAGCUCAGGUCCAACAGAAUGUUCAACAACAGAGGCGCAAAAAGAUGUGAGGUGUACCCACUCCACUCAACCUUGUCCAAUGAGGAGCAGCAGGCAGUUUUCAGCCGGCCCCCAGAGGGUGUCACAAAGAUUAUCAUCUCCACCAACAUCGCAGAGACCUCUGUAACCAUCGACGAUGUGGUAUAUGUCAUUGACUCUGGCAAAAUGAAGGAGAAAAGGUAUGAUGCGACUAAAAGCAUGGAGAGCCUGGAGGACUCGUGGGUUUCUCGUGCCAACGCUCUGCAGAGGAAGGGUCGAGCAGGUCGGGUGGCCUCGGGGGUCUGCUUCCACCUCUUCACCAGCCACUGCUUCCAACACCAGCUGGCUGAGCAACAGCUGCCUGAGAUCCAGAGAGUGCCUCUGGAGCAGCUCUGCCUCCGAAUCAAAAUCCUGGAUGUGUUUGCCGAGCGGACGCUGGAGUCUGUCUUCUCCCGGCUCAUCGAGCCCCCGGCUAUGGGAAGCUUGGACGCAGCCAAGCAGCGCCUACAGGACCUCGGAGCUCUGACUGCAGAUGAGAAACUGACCCCGCUGGGCUACCACCUGGCCUGCCUGCCCGUUGACGUGCGCAUUGGGAAACUCAUGCUGUUCGGGGCCAUCUUUCGCUGCCUCGACCCAGCGCUCACCAUCGCGGCCAGUCUGGCCUUCAAAUCACCAUUUGUGUCUCCCUGGGAUCACCGGGAAGAAGCCAAUGAGAAGAAACUGGCCUUUGCCGUUGCCAGUAGCGACCAUCUAGCUUUGUUACAAGCAUACAAGGGAUGGUGCUGUGCUGCAAAGAAUGGCAACCAGGCCGGCUACCUUUACUGCAGGGAGAACUUUCUGUCUUGGCGAGGCUUGCAGGAGAUCGCCAGUCUCAAAAGACAGUUUGCUGAGCUGCUCUCUGACAUUGGCUUCAUCAAGGAGGGACUGAGAGCCAGGGUUAUAGAGCGCAUGUGCUCUAAAGGCACAGAUGGUGUUCUGGAGGCGACCGGCCCCAAGGCUAACUUGAACUCAGACAACAUAAAGCUGAUGUCCGCCAUGCUUUGUGCUGCCCUCUAUCCCAACGUGGUCCAGGUCCGAGCUCCUCAGGGGAAUUACAAGAUGACCAGCAAAGGAGCGAUGAAGAUGCAGCCCAAAGCCAACGAGCUCCGCUUCAUGACCAAGAACGAUGGCUGCGUCCACGUGCACCCGUCGUCUGUCAACUACACUGUUCGCCACUACAACAGCCCCUACCUGGUUUACCACGAGAAGGUGAAGACGAGCCGCGUCUUCAUCAGGGACUGCAGCAUGGUGUCUGUCUACCCGCUGGUGCUGUUCGGAGGCGGACAGGUCAACGUGGAGCUGCACAAGGGAGAGUUUGUUAUCUCGCUGGAUGACGGAUGGAUCCGAUUUGCUGCCGCUUCUCAUCAGGUGGCUGAGCUGGUGAAGGAGCUGCGCUGGGAGCUGGACCAGCUGCUGGAGGACAAAAUCAGGAACCCAAGCAUGGACCUGUGCAGCUGCCCCCGCGGCUCCCGCAUCAUCCACAUGAUAGUUCACCUCAUCUCGACACAGUAGCU